GUCGCUGAGCAGCUGCUGUACGAGCACUGGAAGAGGAACAACGCGGAGCUCCGGGAGGUGGAGUCGGAGCUGCACAAGAAGCACGUGAGAGAGUCAGCUACAGCAAAAAUCCAAGUCUUGAACCAACAAGAAGCAACUGAGCUCAAAGAGAAAAAGCGUUACGAAAACGAGUACGAAACCGCGCGAAGGGAAGCGCUGGAAAGAAUGAGACAGGAGGAAGAGAAGCGGCGGCGGGAGGAGAAGCAGCAAGCGGAGAUGCUGCUGCAACAAAUAGAAGAACUGAAGUUACAGGAGAGAGAGGCAACAAAGCUGAAAAAAGAACAGGAGAAUUUAUUGAAGCAGCAGUGGGAGCUGGAGAGCUUGGAAGAAGGAAGGAAACAAAUGGAAGAGCACAGGAAGAAGAGAGAGCUUGGUCGCUUUUUGAGGCAUCAGUGCAAUGCCCAGUUGCAGAGACGAGCUCAGCAGAUACAAGAGGAGCUGGAGAUAGACAGGCAAAUCUUAUCAGCCCUUCUUGAGAAAGAAGAUGAGGAGCAGCGCCGCCAGUCCGCGCGGCGGGAACGGGCUGUGGCAGAUGCUGCCUGGAUGAAACGUGUCAUUGAGGAGCAGCUCCAGUUAGAAAAGGAGAGGGAAGCAGAGCUGCAGACUAUUUUCAGAGAAGAAGCUAGAAAGAUGUGGGAGAAGAGGGAAGAAGAAUGGGAAAGAGAGAAGGCAGCCAGAGAUCGCCUGAUGAAUGAGGUCCUUGCAGGCAGGCAGCGCCAGAUCCAGGAGAAGAUGGAGUUAAACAGGCGAGCCCAAGAAGAGUCUAUAAAGUAUCGAGAGCAGCUGAUUAAAGAACUUGAAGAGGCAAAAGAGCUGACCCGGCGAGAGAAGGCGCAGGAGGAGGAACUGAAGACAGCACGCAGGCAGGAGCUGGAGGCGCAGCUGACAGAACGGCGCCUGCAAGAGCAGGAGGAGCAGCAGUGCCAGAGAGAGGAGGAAGAGGAGGAGAGAUCAGCCCGGCAGCGCUGCGAGGAGCUGGUGCAGCAGGAGGCCAAGCGCAUGGUGGAGCAGGGCUAUCGCCCCAGGCUCUACAGUUACCCCAAAGCAGCGUGGACUUGA